AUGGGUGCAGAACACCCCAAACCCAGCCCAGAGCUACGCCUCAUAACCGUAUCCGAGCUAUCCCAGCACAACUCCCUCACCGACCUCUGGCUCGUCGUCGCCGGCACCGUCUACGACCUGAGCACCUUCGCGCCCUCCCACCCCGGCGGCGCCGCCACCCUCCUGCAGCACGCCGGGCGCGACGCAACAGCCGCGUACACAGAUGUGCACUCCCUCUCUCUCAUCCAAGCCUCGCUACCGCUUUCCUCCCGUGUCGGCGCGCUGGACCAGGCUUCCGUGCCGGAGGGAUGGCCUCACCCCCUUAACCCCUCCUCCCCCCCCUCUUCCGCAUUAGUGCAGCAAAAGCAGACGCAAAACCCACCCCUAGACUCCCUCCUCAGCGCCCACGACUUCGCCGCCGCCGCCCUCCUCUCCUUCUCCCCCAAAGCCUACGCCUUCGUCUCCUCCGCCGCCACCGACUGCCACACCGCCUCGCGCAACGCAUCCGCGUACGCGCGCAUCACCCUGCGCCCGCGCGUGCUGCGCCGCGACGUGCGCGUCGUCUCCACGCAGACAAGUAUCCUGGGGUGUAGAGUGGGCGUGCCGUUCUUCGCGGCGCCGACGUCGAUGGGGAAGGUCGUGCAUGCGGAGGGGGAGAGGGGGAUUGUGAGGGGGUGCAAGGCGAGGGGGGUGGGGGUGUGCGUGUCGACGAGUGCGUCGUAUGGGGUCGGGGAGGUGGUUGCCGCGCUGGAGGAGGAGGAGGAAGAGGAUAAGGGGGGAAUUGGAAAGGGGAAGGAGAAGAUACCCCUGUUCUUCCAGCUGUACGUGGACAAAGACCGCGCGAAGUCCGAAAAGCUGCUCCAGGUCGUCAGGGCGCACGGCAUCAAGGGCAUCUUCCUUACGGUCGACGCGCCCGUCAUCGGGAAAAGAGAGGCGGACGAGCGGGUCCAGUCGGACGUCAGCAACUUCACGGCGCCGAUGUCCGGGGCGCAGGCGAAGAGCGAUAAGAAGGGCGGCGCGCUGGGCCGGCUGAUGGGGGGCUACAUCGACGCGUCGCUGACGUGGGCCGACGUCGCGUGGCUGCGCGCGCAGGUCCCCGGCUUACCGGUCGCGAUCAAGGGGAUCCAGACGGCGAUGGACGCGGUCCGGGCGCUGGAGGCCGGCGCCGACGCGAUCUACGUCUCCAACCAUGGCGGCCGCAGCCUGGACACGGCGCCCGCGACGAUCCUGGUGCUGCUGGAGCUGCAGAAGUGCUGUCCGCGCGUCUUCGAGAGGAUGGAGGUGUAUGUUGAUGGGGGGGUGACGAGGGGCACGGAUGUUUUCAAGGCGCUGUGUCUUGGUGCGAGGGCGGUGGGGGUCGGGAGGGGGUUUUUGUACGCGCUGGGGUAUGGGAGGGAGGGGGUUGAGAGGUUUGUUGAUAUUCUUACCGAUGAGUUGGUUACUACAAUGCAGAUGUGCGGUAUAACGAGUCUGGACCAAGUUCACCCCGGGCUUCUGAAUACGGGAGCUGUCGACCACUUGAUACCUGAUUCCGAAGAGCAUCCGUACGCGAAGUGGAGACCUGAGCUGAGGAGUAGUAAAUUAUAG